GCCAACUCUCAGUCGAGAAUCCAGAAAACUACAGUUUACAAUCUAGUCCAUAUUCUUCUUUAAGCUAGACAAGAUGAUGCUCAACGCAUUUCUACUGUCGCUCUCAUUGCUGCUGCUGAUGUCUGUGCCGCAAUCCUCUGAAGCUGCUAAGGAGCCACUGUGCACGUAUCGCAAUUCCGAGGGUGAGACCAUAUUCCUCACGUAUAUGUCGCUGUCGAGAAAGGGAGAGGAUUAUGUGGAUUUUGGCACCGAUGGCAAAUGCCUCAAACGUGCCAUUUGCACAGACACCUUUAAAACGAUCGUGGAGGACUGUGCACAGCAAAAGGUGACGUGCCACAACAAACAGCGUUAUACGGGCGUCUUUCCCGCCUGUUGCAUCAAGUGCAAGUAAGGAUUUUGGACAUCUUUCGACACAUUUCAUUGAUUGUUUUGUAGCUCUCGAAAUGAAUAACAAUUUACUUAGUAUUCCACAUUCA